UCCAAGGCAGUAACAGGAUAUUUGGGAGGAGGAGUCCUUAUCAAGUGCGAGUAUGAUAUAAAAUACAUACAGAAUGAGAAAUAUUUCUGUAAGGAGACAGGAUUCUGUUCUGAGCAAAUAAAAACAGGAUUAAAAAACAAUUGGGUUCAUUCUGGAAGAUUCUCACUGUAUGAUGACACCAAAUCAGCAGAGUUUAAGGUGAUGAUCAGAGAGCUCACUAUACGGGACAAUGGGACGUACCUGUGUGGAGCUGAUGCUCAAUCACCGAAAGGUGUUUACUCAGAAGUGGAACUAAAGGUAAAGAAAGGCGUGUCAGGCUCUAGAGAAGUGACUGCGUAUGCAGAGACAAGAAGCAACAUUAAGUGCACUUAUGAGGAUGAAUACAAAGACAAAAUCAAAUCUUUCUGCAAGAUUGAGACAGAUCAGCGCUGCUCAAAUCAAAUAAAAACAAAUACAAAACGUUUAUGGGCACAUAAUGGCAGAUUCUCAAUUCAUGACAACAAAAGUGCAGGAUUCUUCAGUGUGUUUAUGAGAGAGUUGGUUACAGAGGACACUGGAACAUACGCGUGUGCUGUUCAUCUGCCUGAUGAAUCAGAGAUCUACACUAUAGUGAAGCUGAACGUUACACAAGCUCUGUCCAAUAAGACAUCCAUCAGUGUCCAUGUAGGAAAGGAUGAGACUGUCAGCUGUAAAUACCCAGAAUCCUACAGGAACAACCCCAAGUUCCUCUGCAAGAGGCCUGAGUUUGCAGCUUGUUCUUAUAAUAAAACAGUUAAAGAAAGUAUGAGAUAUAUAAAUGAAGGGAGGAUCUCCCUGUAUGAUGACCGAAGUAAACAGAUCUUCAAUGUGAGCUUCAACCAUGUGACUGAGCAGGACUCUGGUGAAUACUGGUGUGGAGCUGAAGUCAACUGGACAUCUGAUCAUGGAUACAAGGUUUAUUUCAAACGGAUCAUCCUGACAGAUGGAGGAGCCUCAAAGGCAGUAACAGGAUAUUUGGGAGGAGGAGUCCUUAUCAAGUGCGAGUAUGAUAUAAAAUACAUACAGAAUGAGAAAUAUUUCUGUAAGGAUUCAACACUAGUCUCUUCUGGGCAAAUAAAGACAGAAGUAAAAAACAAGUGGGUUCAUUCAGGAAGAUUCUCACUGUAUGAUGACACCAAAUCAGCAGAGUUUAAGGUGAUGAUCAGAGAGCUCACUAUACAGGACAAUGGGACGUACCUGUGUGGAUUUGCUGCUCAAUCACCGAAAGGUGUUUACUCACAAGUGGAACUAAAGGUGAAGAAAGGCGUGUCAGGCUCUAGAGAAGUGACUGCGUAUGCAGAGACAAGAAGCAACAUCAAGUGCACUUAUGAGGAUGAAUACAAAGACAAAAUCAAAUCGUUCUGUAAGAUCGAGACAGAUCAGCACUGCUCAAAUAAAAUAAAAACAAAUACAAAAACUGAAUGGGCACAUGAUGACAGAUUCUCAAUUCAUGACAACAAAAGUGCAGGAUUCUUCAGUGUGUUUAUGAGAGAGUUGGUUACAGAGGACACUGGAACAUACGCGUGUGCUGUUCAUCUGCCUGAUGAAUCAGAGAUCUACACUAUAGUGAAGCUGAACGUUACAGAAGCUCUGUCCAAUAAGACAUCCAUCAGUGUCCAUGUAGGAAAGGAUGAGACUGUCAGCUGUAAAUACCCAGAAUCCUACAGGAACAACCCCAAGUUCCUCUGCAAGAGGCCUGAGUUUGCAGCUUGUUCUUAUAAUAAAACAGUUAAAGAAAGUAUGAGAUAUAUAAAUGAAGGGAGGAUCUCCCUGUAUGAUGACCGAAGUGAACAGAUCUUCACUGUGAGCUUCAACUAUGUGACUGAGCAGGACUCUGGAGAAUACUGGUGUGGAGCUGAAGUCAACUGGACAUCUGAUCAUGGAUACAAGGUUUAUUUCAAACGGAUCAUCCUGACAGUUAAAGUUUUUCCAUUUGUCACUGUGAUCACUGUAUCUUUGAGUCUGCUGGUGCUUCUGGUCGGAAUCUCAUUCCUUAUUUGGACUCUGCAUAGGAGAUGCAAGCUAAAAGGCCAAAAACCAUUUACCCAUGUUCCCACAGAGAAAAAUGGAAGAAAUUACCCAGUGGCUGUCUAUGAGACUCAGAAUUCCAACAUCAGCCAAUCACAGAUGAUCUAUGAAAAUUACGAUAAUUAA